AUGUCGACCACAUCCUCUGAUUCAGAAAUGAGUGAUGACUCGGAGGACUCAGAAAUUGAUUUUAUCGCUGAAUACGACAUUGAAAUCGAAAGAGAGGAGCCAGCGCGUGAGUUACUCACAGGCAGAUCUUCGCCAACUUCAAGCGAAGAUGUUGCGCCGCAUGCGGACGAUCCGCUCGCAGACGAGGAAUGGACAGCAAAGUAUGACAAGGAGAGAGAGGCCGACGAAGAACUGGAACGAAAACUGAAGGACCGCUUCAAUGGGAAGGUUGAAGUAAGGGAAUGGUGCAAGUGUAGUAACUGCGGUAUUGCUUCCCUUCAAAACAUUAGCGAAUGUUAUUGCUGCAGUGAGCUGGAAGGUUGCAUAGAGUCAAUGAAGAGUGAUCUUGUCCUUCAAGACCUUUUCCCUGAUGAUACUUUGACCUGUAUAACUGAACAUCCUGGGUUUCAAGCGGUUUGCCUUCAGAAAUGGAGUCUAAGGUUGGCAGCGGGUAAAUACAAAACCAAAGGGAAACAAGUGAAUCGACAGACAGGCAGCGAAGAAAGUUUCUUAAGAGGUGUUUCCUAUCGAGAGUUCUCACGGCUGGUGUAUGGAAUGUUGGGGUCGAAGAGGAUUCCUUUACCUGCUUGUGCAUAUAUGGCCAUCAAAAAACAAUUUCCAGUCAAUAAGGAUGAAAGUCUCACAGGAUUUGACCUUGAUGAAGAAGACUAGAAUGUAAUUUUGAGUUACAAUAUUAAAAUAAAACUAAAUAAACAUGGAAUAACAAAAACACCUUUUUAAAGUAUCAG